UGAUUGAUAUAGUUGAUUGCGAACACCUGGGCGUUCAGCUGUGGCACGUGCGUGUUCCAGAUGACCUGGAGACCUCAGCGGAGAGUCCCUCCAAGUUUGACCUGUUCCUUGGUGUUUAUAAUGGAAAAACAAAUGCCGAUGCCAGCUGUCCUUCGUUAUUUUCGCACGUUUUUCUUGCUGCUGCUGUUCACCUGCAGCUUCCCCGUGGUUGGAUCUUCUCUGGGUGCCUCCAGUUCGGCGCACAAUCUGAGUGACAUGACGUACCCCUACAGCAGCAUCUUCUUGCCUCUACUCAAAGCCCUGUCAGAGCACGGAGGCUCGAGGUGGAGCCCAGAUCUGAGGAGAAAAAUGAAACCUGAGCACAAAUACAUCAAAUAUCUGACGGAGGUGUACAAGAAGUCUCCAAGAGUGCAGAGGAGUUUGGACGGAAAUAUUAUCUACAACACAGUCCGACUGAUCAAACCACAAGAUGAAUGUCGAACAAAAAGUCACAAAGAAAGUUUCAUGCAGGAUCUGUCCUACAGUCUUCAUCAAGUAAGAAGAAAAGAACAUCUCCUGAAGGCAACCCUGUUGUACAGUUUAGACCAAGACCUUGCUUCACCAGUCAAUUCGGUGUGCUACUUGAAUGUCAAGGAACAGGAGCUCUCCGACCAGUGCCGGCUGUGUCCCGUAGCCCACCUCACUGUGAACGUCACAACCAGCACAAACAGGGGGAGUGGGAGGAACUGGGUGGAGGUGGAUGUCACUUCGUUUCUCCAGCCUCUUUUACAGUUCCAGAGAAAGAACAUACAUUUGUUCAUCAAUGUAACCUGCCCAGAGGAACAAAGAGCCAGAGGUGAAAGGAGCAAAGGUCCACCACAGUUCCACCUAAGGUCACCUCUUUUGCUUCUGUAUCUCAAUGACACAAGCAACAUCGCCCACCAGAGGUUACCUGUCAGUGACAGAGCAGGUCACAAGUCAGCCGCUGCAGGUAACACUAUUCACAAGCAGAGAGGUUACAAACCAGAGCAGAGGAUUGGGCGGAAGAGAAGAUGGAGAAGGGCGUCUCCAAAGAGCAAGAGAGGUGAUAAAAGUGGGGAUUACCACCUGCCUGAGCUUCUUCCAAGUUCUGAAUUCCCAACCACUGACUGUGCCUUGUAUGAUUUCAGGGUGCGAUUCAGCCAGCUAAAACUAGAUCAGUGGAUUGUUUUUCCUCCCAAGUACAACCCCAGGUACUGCAGAGGCAUCUGCCCAAACACCGUGGGCUUCAUCUACGGCUCCCCUCUCCACACGGUGGUACAGAACCUCAUCUAUGAAAAACUGGAUUCCUCUGUGCCCAGGCCCUCAUGCAUCCCCUCCCACUACAGUCCCCUGAGUGUUAUGAUCUUUGAGAAGGACGGCUCCUAUGUCUACAAAGAGAUUAAAGACAUGGUGGCCACCAGGUGCACAUGUCGCUAAGUCAGCUGCCUACAUGUCUUCUGAAUUUCUUCUCUUUCUUUGAGAGGCUAUAAAGAACAUCAGCACAGUCCUUAUCAGCAGGUGUUACAGGUGGACCAGAUACUCUGACCAGGCUCAGUGAUUUCAGGAAUUUAUAAAACCGUUGUGCAUGAAAUAUAUUUGAUCUGGAGCAGGUGUGUUUACUUAAUCGAAUGUGUUUACUUAAAAAAGUAUUUUAUCCUAAUGAAAAAUGUGGAAACAUGACAUUUAUUUCUUUUUUGUUUACAAGUGACAAGAAAGGGUGCCUUUGCAUCCCAUUCUUUAAACUACUGUUUCGCAACAUAGUUUUGAAUCUGACGCACUUGAAGAAAAUGUGUGUUGUAUAAUUUUGUAUUUUUUUUAAGUUCGUUUUUUGUUAAUUUAUAUUGGGUGGGUGGUCUGUCAUUGUUCUUUAAUUUAGCACAAUUGCCAAGUUUUAAGUAACCCUGUUCCGGACAAAAUAUUUAAAAAAACAGUCACAAACUCUUAAUCAAACCUUUUACAUAUUAUUUUAUUCCUGGAGAUUACAGACAGCUUGUCUCAAAAGUCAAGGUGCCUUUCUAAUCUCCAGAGUGAAAGUUGUCAAGGUUUCAGUGUGUAUUACCUCUGGUCACUAAGUGACUGUAAACAAAUGAUUUGACUACAUACUUAUGAAUUUGUCCUGAUUGAAUGUGACUAAAAGCACGCCAUGUCUAUUUAUGCAAAUUGAAUGAAUUCACUGUAUGUCUGUGCUCAGCUUAUAGAUAUUCAAAAGGAUGAAAAUGUGUCAACAGGUUUUCUUGAAAGUUGGAAAAUAAAAAAAUAACAUGCAUAAAAGUUA